AUGAGCUUCCAACUCAUCGAAAACGAGACCGAGCCGGAGACGUUCGAGGAGUACCGUCAAUUGAUGAUGGGAAGAAUCAGGGAAGUGGUGAAUGUGAGUUGCGACCUCAACGAAAGCAAUGUUUCUAGCCAAAGUGUUCAGGGCUGGAACGAUAUUCGCAAGGAGAAUCUCGAAGAAAUGGACAUGUUGGUCGCUAAAAUGAUCAACACGGCGAAUUCGGAAGCGCUCAGCCGCUUCGAGGCGGAAGUCUUUCUGCGUGGCAACGACCCGAGGAACUACAUUCUCCGCCAAAAGCAGAUCACUUCGACGGCCACCAUCGAGUUGGGCAAGGAAAUCGAGGAGAAGGAGACCGUCCUGCACUCGGAUCCGAACUGCGGUGGCGUGCCGGGACACAACGGAGCGAGCGCGUCGACUAUGUAAGUGCAAAGAACGUCUAGUUUCUGACAACGACGUAAUGUUACAGUCAUAGCCUGCGCGGAGGCUUCGGAGUCGACUUAAACCAUCCGGGAAUCGCUCUCCAAUAUCUCGAGGACAGAAUCAAGCUCGAGAAGCUGGUCAAGGACAGAAACAGACUGUUGAAGCGCAAAUGA